CAUUUCUUUAUGGGCCGCGGCCAAUAAACAAGGCACCUAAUCUCGGGCCAUGCUGCCAUGGCGCCGUUCGAGAUCGGACAGUUCAUCGCCGCGCCCGGGCAGCCAUUAUAUAUCCGUCUCUGGAUCUAGCAGAUCACAGCCCCGCAUUGAUCGCGUCCCGUCUCCAUACUUCGCUACUCACCUGUUCCUGUACUGUGAUCGCUAGCUAGCUUCGUGCAUUCCCAUGGCCAGCCUGGUGCACCAGACGGCGGCGCCGAUGCCGGCCGCGGCGGCGAUGGACGACGACUUCAUGCCGCAGAGCUUCGGGUGCUUCGGGCGGUCGCUGUCUCGGGCGUCGUCGGCCCGGCGGCUGGAGUACAGGGCGCUGAGCGGGGAGGGCGGGGAGGAGAUCAGGCGCAUCGCGCAGGAGGAGCGGUCGGCCAGGGCGAAGCUGCGGUGGAAGGCGGUGGCGCAGGAGAUCAUGGCGAGGAGGAGGGGCGGCGGCGGCGGGGCGCGGAGGAGGAAGGCCUGCUUCAGCUACGACUCCAAGAGCUACGCGCUCAACUUCGACCAAGGCGCCGCCGCCGAGUAGAGAUUAGCGAGCGAUCAGAUCGCUGGCGAUCGAGAUGCAGCUAGCGCCUAGCGUGCGUGGCUGGCACUGCGGCCAGCUGGCCGGCGACCGAUGCCGGCGGGGGAAUGGGGCGGCCGUGGCAUGGUUAUUGUUGGUUGAGAAUUGAGAAUGUGGAGGUCUAGUUUUGGUGCCGGAUCUUGUGUUCUUUGGUUGGUUAUUCAUUCUUGGUUCAGAAUUGAGAUGGUGUGUGCAUGCACUGACGGGUGGCUGAUGCGUGCUGACAUAUUCAUGUGGUGUAAUAAGACGAGCUGCUACAUGUUUCGAAGUGUAAAUACACUGCGUUUUGUCUGCUU